AUGACAACCGUAGCAGCAACUGCAAGCAAGGAUCCUCGAUGUCAGAAAGAUAAAGUUGCUUUGUUCAGUCAGUCCACUUGCAUUGCAUACAGCCGCACUCAGUCGUUCAUUGUCAAUUUGUCAUUACUCAUUGCCACUGCCACCCACUACUUGGUGAAAACGGAAUUGGAAUUGGAGCAGCUAAGCCUGAAGCUAGUCUUCCAUUCUAGGCCUAGCCCAAAUCUAAAUCCAAGCCCAUACAACGAUGCAAUCCACCAAAGUUGA